UAUGUCAAAGCCAAUAGAGUUACCAGCACAAUGGACAACUGUUCCACUCUCUCCUCCCCACUGUUAGAGAAAUACUAUCUCUCACCUACGUAUGCUCUGGAAUUUACUAUUGGCUUCAUUGGCAACCUAGUGGUGGUGCUAGGCUAUAUCUUUUGUCUCCCUGCAUGGAAGUCCACAAACGUGUACCUUUUUAACCUGUCUGUAUCUGACCUCAUUUUUCUGUGCACACUACCUCAGCUGUCUUAUAAUUAUGCUAAUAACCAGACAAAUUUUAAUUCUUUUCUAUGUGUGCUUAAUCGCUACAUCCUUCAUGUGAACUUGUACUCCAGUAUCACUUUCAUGAUGUGGGUAAGUGUGGACAGGUUCAUGUUGAUGUGUUACCCGCAGCGAGACCACAUCAUGUUGACUCUAAAAACCUCGCUGUGCAUCACCAUAUUGAACUGGAUCUGGGUGAACGCUCAAAUAGCUCCCCUUAUUUUCUUUAUUAUUCAGGACUUGCAAAAAAAUGGUUGGAGAGUGUGUAACGAUUUUAGUAGUCUGGGUGUAGCUAAAGAAACUCUGAUCUACAACACAUUGCUUACCAUAACUGGAUAUGUCAUGCCGCUGGUGGGUUUGUUUCUAUCAUCACAAAAGAUGAUUUCAGUACUCAGGAAAAGAGAGGAGGUUCUUGGCACAUCCUUCCAAAGGCCAGUAAAAAUCACAAGGGCUGCAGCAAUCAUGUUUCUGGUGUUCUACUCACCCUACCAUGUAAUGAGGACUGUGCGAAUUGCAUCUCGGCUUCCUGAAUUAAACUUCUCACGGUGCAUCAAUGACUACAUAAAUUCAGCUUACAUAGUGACACGACCAAUUGCAUUUAUUCACAGUGCCAUCAACUGUGUGUUUUACUUCCUCAUGACAGAGAGCUUUAAAGAAGCACUGCAGCACAAGUGGAAGCAGCUUAAAAGAAUGCUAAAGGCUACAUGA